AUGCCGAGAACAAAAUUUAGGCCAUGCAUUGAUUUACACGAUGGACAAGUAAAACAAAUAGUUGGUGGUUCAUUAAAUGAUAUAAAUCCAGAUGGAUUAAAAACAAAUUUUGUUUCUAAAGAGAAACCAAGUUAUUAUGCUAAACUCUACAAAGAAAAUUAUUUGACGGGAGCUCAUGUUAUCAAACUUGGUAUCGGAAAUGAUGAAGCUGCAAAGGAAACUUUGAAAACUUGGCCUGGUGGUUUACAAGUUGGUGGUGGAAUUACACUUGAAAAUGCAGAGGAAUGGAUUAAAGCUGGUGCGAAAUUCUCUCUUUCACGUUUACAAGAAUUAUGUAAAAAACUUGGUAAAGAAAGAAUAGUUAUAGAUGUGAGACAAGAAAAUAAAUGGAUAGUUGCCAUGAAUAAAUGGCAAACUAUGACUGAUAUGGAAGUUAACAAAAGAACAUUGGAUUUAUUAGCUAAUUAUUGCAGUGAAUUUUUAAUUCAUGCUGCAGAUGUAGAAGGAUUGUGUCAAGGAAUUGAUACAGAAUUAGUGGAAUGUUUGGGAAAAUGGACAAGUAUACCUACAACAUAUGCAGGUGGAGCAAAAUCAAUUGCUGAUCUCGAUUUAGUCAACAAAUUAUCAAAUGGAAAAAUAGAUUUGACUUUUGGGAGUGCAUUAGAUAUUUUUGGUGGAACAAAGGUUAAAUUUGAAGAUUGUGUUAAAUGGAAUAAUAAUAACUUGAACAUUAGUCAUGAUUAA